AUGGCGGACAUUCGUCUCGCAGGAAUAAUUGUGGUGAAUUUGGCUUCGCUUAAUGUCUCGCUUGCCCAGACAGUAUCCACAUCGGACCCAUUAACCGCCAGUCCAGCUGGGAAUGUCAAAUUACCGACUUACCUCUCACCGAACGAGGUCAUUCUUCACAGAGGUCAAACUCAGCACAUCCGGUGCCCCAGCUACAACAAUAACGAACGAUUGCGUCACGUGAUUUGGUUCAAAGGGGAACAACUACUUACCCGCUAUACCGAUCGCAAAGUUGACAGUAGUUAUGCUUCGAGCGAUCGUUAUCGGAUGUCCCACUCGCAUGAUUUGAUCAUAAGUCAUGUCGACAUGAGGGACCAGGGGGAGUAUGUUUGCAGUGUAGUCUCCAGCGCUACUGCGUUAGAGAGGAGGCAAACUAUUUCUGUCACUGUCCUGACUGAUGUCCCGAGCUUUAAAGAGGCCAUGGACCUAACAGCAGGUGAGGUCUACGUACACCGGAACCAGACUCAUCACAUUCAGUGUCCAAGCUACAGGGAAGAGGAGUCCGUGAGUUUGGUCUUCUGGUUCAAAGGAAGCCAACUUAUAGCCCGAUACGCCAACCCAGAAGUUGGUACUAACUUUAUUUCGAGUCGUCAUUACUGGAUGUCCAGUUCAUACGGGUUGGUCAUAAACCAAGUUCAAGCGGCUGAUGAAGGAGACUACGUGUGCGGUGUGGUGCCCAGUGCGACAGGGGUGCAAAGAAAAGGAUCAGUGCGAGUUACUGUGUCAGGUCCCACAUUUCCAAUCGUGGACAAUGCACAGGUUGUAAACAUUCUCGAAAAAGGGCAAGGACACGUGAAGUUGACAUGUCCCGUACUGCGCAUGCACAAACAGGCUGCCACUGUCUACUGGUCCCUUGGCAGCGGAGACACCAUGAGAACCAGCAUCAUCGGUGUGAAGUUCUCUGGUGGGGGAAUCAUGGUUGCAGAUGAUUACCGUGGCGAUUACAACAUCACCGUUGGUGGCUCGUUGGUUUUAAACACAUUAGACAUGCCAACCAGUCGUGUCUGGUGUCAUGUGUUUCUGCAUCACCAAGAAAUGUCUUCUGCAUAUUAUGACGUCAUUGAGACAGCAAAACUUCCAGAUGGCUCGGCUGUGCAGAGUGUCGUUCCUGUAGUGUGUGCACUCAUCACUGCUAUCGGCGUUAUCAUAGGCAUUUGCAUCUGUGUGAAGAGGAGAAAUAGAAACAUUUAUGAAGCUGUGAGGAGGGAAAAUCAAGAUGAAUCCGAGGCUAAUCAGAGUAUAAUGCCGAGAGAACCGGCCUCAGUUGCAACAAAAUGGACAGAGGAGGGAGGUGUUGUUACUGUCACGGUUCUUCAAGCCGGAGUCAAGCUAUCAUCCGGAAACCACCUUCAACUCAUCACUGUGACCUUGACCUUUGACCUUCUGGCCCCAGACCAAAUCCCAACUUACCUAUACCAGCAAGGGCAAUAG